AUGGUUCGACGUGCAUCGAUGUGCCGCAGAGCGGCGGAGUGUGACGCAACCUGCUGCUGUGAUCCGUCAUGCACGACGCUGGUGAAAGUGCGCUUUGCCUACUGCAACACGCCAGACAUCAAGCCCUGGCGCAGGUGCGUGUACGACGACUUCUUCGUCACCAACGAGGGCAGGAACCAGGCCAUCCAAGUAGCAGAGGACAGCAGCAUCGCGUGCGUGCUGGUCGACAACACAAAUGACCGCAUCUCGUUCAGAGAGCCGCGCACGCCGCUCAAUGACGCCGCGUUCCAGGCAUUCGCAGACGCUGCACGCCCCCGCCCCAUAUCCUUCAGCCUCGAGACGCUGCAGUACACGCCGGAGGCCAAGACCCUUUCCAGUUUUACGUCACGUAUGGCGGGAUCGUGUACAUCAUGCAGGACAGCACGACGCUCACACCGCUUCAUGCAGGACAGCACGACGCUCACACCGCUGCCAUUUCCCGCCGACACGCUGCAGGAAGGGGAGGUGCACCACGCAAUCCCACCCGUAUCAUCACAGCGGCAGACGAUGCCGAGCGUGUUUGGGCAAUGUGGAUGUGAUGGUGAUUGCACCAUCCAUUACAACGCAUCCACCCAACACUGCAUCAACGCUGUGCAAAAGGUCGAGUACACCAUCCAGCUUGGCCUCACCACCAUCUCCUCCCUCAAUGUUGCCGUGACCGUCGCUUCCUUUGACGCCUCGGCUACCCGCACGUGGCCGCAGCGCAAUGUCAACGCGUACCCGCGCCAGGCUACCUUGCAACUGCACCAGCUUCAAAACCUUGUCACCUUUGACGACGUGUUCACUACACUGCGUCACAUCCGCAGACGAACACCAGGCACACACUCACUCGGGACGGCGCUGAACGUUUCGCGAUACCUGUACUCGUUGAAGUCCUUUUGCGUGUCCAGUCGGUGUCAGCGUGGCCAGCAGGAGGGCAAGAGCAAGGCCCAGAAGGCGGUGCCAGUGCUCUUGCUCUGCAGUGACGAUUUGGUUCAGGGCGAGCUGUCCGAGGGAGCGUAG